AUGGCCGCCACUUCCGACGCGCCGAUUGCGGAGGCCGUCAGUGGAGGCACCUACUACCAGAUUCUGGGUGUAGCUCCAGACGCCAGCUCCGAUGACAUCAAGUUGCAGUAUCGGAAACUGGCUUUGAAGCUGCACCCAGACAAGAACCAGAACGACCCACAGGCCACAGAGAAGUUCCAGGAACUGCAGGAAGCCUAUGAGGUCCUUUCAGAUCCUGAGCGAAGAUCCGCGUAUGACCAGAACAGCGACUUCAUCAUGAAGGCGUUCGCCGAGUCCACAGGCCAAACGGAAGAGCAGGAGUCCUUUCUGGCAGUGCCCUCUUCGCGCACCUUCUGGUGCCUGCUGGUCGAGGCGUGCCUCAGCGACGACGCGAAGACAAUCACUCAGCUGGCACAGCAGCUGGAGGAUGAGAUUUGGGACGAGUUGUCCAGAGGUGGAGUGUGUGGCUUCUCGCCGCUUCACUUCGCUGCCUUUGCAGGCAAGGCAAAGGCCUGCCAAGCGCUGAUCGACUUGGGUGUAAACGUCAACGCGAAGACCCAGCCGCUCUGUGUCACACCGUCGCAACAGUUCUGUCGACCUACGCCUCUGGACCUGACCAUCUUCAUCCCUAGCAAACGCUCGAGGGAGCAAGUCCAAAGAGUCCUGCAAGCAGCAGAUGCCUCGUAUGGUGGUGUUAAGAUGGAGAGCCUCGACAAGCUUUGGCAGGGGCUUAUGAAGCAUCAGCUCCUGCUGAUCAAGGACGAAGUGCUGAAGUACACGAAGAACAUCCCUGCAGCUUUGCGGCGAAUCCUGCGGACCGAACCACGCUGGAGGGAGCUGGUGAACUUCCCAGGAGAAGAUGCCGCCACUAUGGAGCGGAAACGCUUGAGAAAAGCCUUUGUCGUUUGGAGGCGCAAGCUCACUUGGGUUCUGAUCGGUGAUGCCACGAUGACACUCAAGGAGCGCUGUGCUGUGCUUGCUUGGAACUGCUUCCUUUUUAUGGCAAGCUGGUGGCUCUUCAGCUUCCACUUCUUCGAGCUUCUCCAGGCCCUCCUUGUGGCCAUAGUGCUCAUGAUGGUCUCCAGCUUGGCGCGUGGCACGGAUCCUCAAACAUGGUGGGCGCGGUUGCCAUCGCAGGAAGAUUUGCAGAGUUGGCUACCGGAAGAUCAUGUGGAAGCACACCUCCAGAAGGCCUGGGCACGCCUCUGCGCUUGCCUUUCACUGGUGGAGGCAGCGCUCGACCAGGCGCCUUCUGAAGCAGAGAAGCUACGUGAGGCUGGAGUCUUUGCCUACCUGACCGCUGCGCGAGAUCGCUACGAUGCUUGGCGUAGCCUCGACACAGAGGAGAAGGAGGAAUCAGAAGAGCAGGAAGAGGAUCAUGUCAGCGAUGCUCGGCGGAAGAAAUCCGCGGCCAUUGCUAACAAGAUCCGGGGAUUGAAAGCAGAGCGUGAAGGUGCAGCAACCAGCGCGGCAGCUGCAAGCUCUGAUGCUGUCAGACGGGCCAAGGGUCGCCGAAGACCGAUGAAGUAG